AUGGAUCCAAAUCUGUUUGAUGCAAUUAGAAAAAGUGAUAUAGCAACAUUUUCAAGCCUCCUUAAGGAGAAUGAAGGAAUCCUGAAUCAAAAAACAGCUGAUUCCUACAGCACUCCAUUGCACAUUGCUUCCAAGUAUGGUUGCACUGAAAUGGUGUCUGAAAUUAUCAGCAUGUGUCCUGACAUGGUUUGUGUUGAGAAUAAGAAACAUGAGACUCCGAUUCAUGAGGCGUGCCGCCAAGAGAAUGCUAAGGUCUUAAUGUUGCUGCUUGAUGCCAAUCCUAAUGCUGCUUAUAAGCUUUAUGCUUCUUGCAAAAGUCCUUUGUUUCUAGCAUGCAGUCAUGGCCAUCUUGACAUGGUUAACCUCCUCCUGAAUCUACCUGAGAUCGCGGAGCGAAGCAUUGCAGAAUUCAAUCAAACUUGUAUCCUUAUAGCAGCAUCAAGAGGACACACAGAAGAAGAAACAGUAUUUCAUAUAGCUGUGAGGUACGGGUGCUAUCAUGCUUUGGAAUACUUGGUGAAAGUCUCUAAUGGCACAAACCUAUUGCACUGCCAAGAUAGAUAUGACACUGAAUUGUCAAUUAAGUACACAACUUCAGUCUAA